AUGUCCAGGAUGAUCACUCGUAAUGGUGGUGUUCGUCCCGCUGACGGGUCGUCUGCAGUGACCCAGGACAAGGCUAAGGAGUCAACGCUGGUGGCUGAUGCUUCUGCUGCGUCGUCGGUCAAGCGUACAACGGAUCUGUUCACGGAAGCGGACAAGGAGGCUCUUCAGCCUGGCGGAACGGCUCAAGGCAUUAAAGACGCAGCGCGUCACUUACUUGCGACGGCGACUUCCGAUCGUGCUGUCCUACCUCAGAAGGAAGGUUCAGUUGCGUCAAAACCUGCAACUGGAGCGGGGGAGGCUGGUCAGCACCAGGACAAGGCAGAGGGGGUUACUGCUGUGGCUACGGCUGACAAGGAUGAUGAGGAUGACGGUUACCUCAGUGAUGAUCCUGAGGAGCGUUAUGAGGCUGCAGCGAAGGGCGAGGUGGCGCAGCGUGUCCGCUUUGCCAUCACUCUGCUGGUUCCCGUUGAGUUCAAGAUGGAGGUGACGCGGGUGCAAGCGACUCUGCGUGCGCUUUUCGGAAUCUGGAAGAAGGACUUGGGGGUUGACGUGCAGACAACUACCAAGUUUCAAGAGUUGGAUGUGAAACCACAUCAGUCUGGCAGGUUGCUGCAUGUCAGGGUGAGGUGGGGGACGAGACUGGUACGGCUGGUUGCGCUGUACUUCCCAGGACAGGCGCCGCCAAGGGGAGUCUUCCUGGGCUCUGCCUUCAAGGAGGUUGCAGCCAGCUUGCCUAGGGGGGAGGACCUGUUGGUGGCAGGGGAUUUCAACAUGAUUGAGGACCCGAGCCUGGAUAAGUCGAAUCGGCAGGGUGUGACAGGGGACAACAACAGAAUGAAGCAGAUGCUAUCUGACUUCCAUGUCAAGGAUGUUUUUCGGGAGUUCUAUCCGGAUGAGAGGCAAUUUACCUUCUACUGCAGAUCGGCGAAGGUCAGCUCGAGGAUUGACAGGGUGCUGGCGUCGCAAUCGCUGAUGCAUUUGGUGGCCCGGGUGUCUCACCAGUGGUUGCCGAUGGGGUUGACAGACCACAAAUACGCUGUCCGGAAGCCGGGGGUGAAGGCGGCGAUAGACGAUGUGGUCCGGAAGCAGGGAGAAGGGGGCUGCACGGACUUUGACAAGCUGUCAAGGUGUUUAAACGCUCGCCUGCGGAAAUAUGACAAGGAAGAGAGAAAGAGGGUCAGGCAGACGCGGAGAGCCUUAGAGUCGCAAGUAGAUACGUUGCAGCGCAGGGUCAUGGCGGACCCGGGGGAUGAUGCGUCGCAGGCUCUACUGACCACCCGGGAGGCGAUGCUGAAGAGGAAGGCAAAGACGGGUAUUAAGGAGCUGGUACGAGAUGGGGUUAGCUACUCCGAUGCGAAGGCCGUGCUCGGUAAAGCCACAAGGCAUUUCAAGAUGGCGUUUGAUGUUGGCUCUGUAGGCGGUGAUGAGGCGCGGUUGCUGCGGUGGACGCCGCGGAGAGUGCUGGAGGAUGCAUCGGCAGAAGAGCUGACUCGGGACUGGACAGAGAAGGAGGUCAGACAGGCGAUAAGGGAGCUGGCGAACGACAAGUCCCCUAGGAAGGACGGGUUACCUAAGGAGCUGUAUCAGGUUCACUGGGAGUCGUUGAAGGGCCCAGUGAUGAAGAUGGUCACGGGUUUGAUGGAGACGGGGGACUUACCGGAGGUGGUGAACGAGGCGGUUACGGUCCUGCUGUACAAAAAGGGAGAUGAAACGGACUACGGGUUCCUGCCACGGAAGAGACUUACGGAUGCGGUGUCGUUGGUAGCGGAUUUAAUCGACGCGACCAAGAACAAGAACAGGGACUGGUACCUCCUGCUGAUCGACUUUGAGAAGGCGUAUGAUUCGGUGCGUCGGGAUUUCAUGCUGGAGACGAUUGCGAAGAUGGGUCUUCCACCGCGGUUUGUUGGCUGGAUCGAGGCACUACACAAAGAUGGGUGCCCGCUGGCUCCUUACCUGUUCUUGUGCGCGGUGGAGCCACUAAGCCGCUUGGUGGAGGAACGGAGGCUGGGAAUAGGGGAGGAAGGCUGUGAGCGGCUGGCGUACAUCGGGUAUGCAGAUGAUACAACGUUGCUGCUGGACGGCGAGCAUCAGCUGAAGGAAGUGGAGCAGGUGCUGAAGGAGUUUGCAGAGGCGUCAGGCCUGAAAGUGAAUAAGGGGAAGUCGUCGCUCCUGCCACUGGGGUGCAACGUGGAUAAAUGCGCGCCAGAUGGAACGGAGUUCAAGUGGGUGAAAAAAGACGAAGCGGAAAGGCUGUUGGGGGUUUGGAUAACGCCAGGAGGGAAUGGGGAGAUCACGUGGGAGAAGGCAUUUGACAAGGCAGCGGGAGAGUUAAGAAAGUGGCAUAGCAAGUAUCUCACGACGGGUGCGCGGGUGACGAUUAUCAACAGCUAUGUGCUGCCGGUGUUCAUCUUCCAGGCCCAGGUGUACCCGCCGGAAGACCUGCUGUGGAAGAGAGUGGAAACACUGAUUGAGAAUUUUGUGUCAGGAAAUCACGCGGACACGGGGAGGCAUUUCAGGUUAUGGAGUGGGGAUCUGAUUUACGCACCAAGGGAGUAG